AUGGUUCACCAGCUUCAGCAAGCUAGUCAAGCGGCGAAGGGCGAACUGCACCUAAUCUCCGACGCGUCUGAAACGAGAUACGGAGCAGUAGCCUACGUAUGUUGGCCGCACGUGAACGGCGAGCGCAAGACAGAAUUACUUUUUACCAAAGCCCGGGUCGCCCCAUUCAAGUGCGUUUCGGUACCCCACAUCGAACUGACCGCGGCCGUGAUAGCAGUGCGUAUAUCUCAGCAGUUGCGUAUAUUCGAAGAUCGCUUCACGUUCUGGAACGACUCCGAGAGUGUAAUACACUAUGUGAACAACGUCAGCACUAGGUCCAGCACCUUAUUUUCCAAUCGACUGAGGGUAUUGCACGAAGAGACUAAGGUGCACCUAUGGCGAUACGUGAAAUCUGCGGAUAACCCAGCCGACUACUGCUCCCGAGGCUUGAGAUCCUUGGUCAAGCUGAGCGAUUGGCUCAGCGGCCAGAUAUUCCCGACCACCGCAUCAAAGGACGAGAGUACAUUCUGCCCGCCAGCAUUGACAGAGGACUUACUGCUAGACGAAAAAGAAGCAUCAAACGAUAGCGGUGAAGAGGAGCCGGAAAGCGGUUCGGAUUUGUUCUCUUGCUCUAUCGACUGGUACCACGCAUUUGAAACCAUGGAUUUUCCCACCUCGUCCAGCUAUCAUCGUCCAGACUCAUUCAGUGUUUCACAGCGUUACCGGGCUGCACCGACGCGAUUGAACGCACGCCCUUUUCUUCUACGCCCGGUGCAAACACACGAUCCGCCUCAUGAACCGCCGCCGGUGCAUUCCCAGCGUGCUUUUGGCCACGAAACUUCUCGUUCUUCUCAAUCCAUGAAAUUGGGUUCUGUGUCCACCAAAGCCUCAUCACUGGAUGAACUGCCUACCGAGACUUCGUUGCACAUUUUCCGCCUUCUGGAUGACAUUUCUUUGUGGGCUCUGCGCCGGGCAUCAUUCAGUGUGCCGUGCCGCUUGUGUCUGGAAGGGCUCCCAUUCCCGAUCCUAUUUCCGGUUGAGGCACCAAAUUUGCGCUAUCGUCGGAUUGUGCACGAAAUCAAAAAUCUGUGCACCGAUUCACCUUAUGGAAUUCGUGUACUGGCUUUGGACACGGAAGCCUAUUCUUAUUAUCUGGCGGGAAUCGAGGGCCCGCUCCAAUUCCCGUACCAGGGGGGUCUGUUUUAUGUUUUCCAUGGUGAUGUGGGUAUGGAUGACAUUCAGCACAACUGGAGUCUGGUUCUUACCCUGAAGAAAUUGCUUAUCGGUGUCUAA